CCUAACCCUAACCUAACUUUACCUAACCUAUGAGAUGGUUUGAGUCAGUGAGUGAGUUGGAACCUGAUCAUGUCCAUUCAAGUGAGCCAAUCCAGUACACCCACUGAGGACACCUUAGCCACGAUAACUACGCCCUCUACACCCUCGCAGGAUACACCCACUGGGCCUUCUACACCCUCCACGUCCACUGAAGAGGUUUCUGGUCAGUGCGUUACGGUCAUACUUAAAAGACCGAAAGAUCAACAGGUUGGGACCACAGGAUGUAAGUUACUGGAUUCCCAAGUUCCAGGCAGCUGCAUUUUGGAAGACCAGAUUCCAGGCAGCUGCAUUUCGGAAGACCAGAUUCCAGGCAGCUGCAUUUUGGAAGACCAGAUUCCAGGCAGCUGCAUUUCGGAAGACCAGAUUCCAGGCAGCUGCAUUUCGGGAGACCAGAUUCCAGAUAGAAGCAUUUCAGAAGCACAGAUUCCAGGCAACUGCAUUUCGGAAGACCAGAUUCCAGGCAGCAGCGGAAGCAACAGAAGCACACAAGACCACUUUCCAGGUAGACCAAUGACAUGUACAGGUAUGGCUGGUCUUGAAGAAUGGACCGACUCAGAGCAGCCGUGGUACACCUUCUUAUAUUCUCCCGUGUCACUGGAACACUCGCCUCCGGAUAAUGGCGUACCGGAGGGUGGUAAUAUUCCCGGCAGAUAUUGCGAGGUCAGUGCUCAAUAUCACCCACCUUAUGAAGAAGAGGUAAUGGGUACUGAUGCCUUGCCUUCUGAGCCUCCUGGAGUCCUACCAACAUCCCCGGCUAUAUCGUGUGGAGUCCUACCAUCAUCCCCAAGAACACCACCCACAGUCCUAUCCAACACCCAGGCAAUGCAAAAUCCUGAAAUUCAACACAAUUCAUUUUACUCAUUUAGUACCCCAGACUCUGUGAUGGAACCUCCCUUCUCGGUUAAGAUGGAGGAUAGGGUGUUGACGGGAGGGAUAGAUAUGGGAAAGGAAGGGACGGAAGGUGGUGAUGGGAUGACGGAAGGUGAUGGUGAAGCCUGGGUGGUUGCUGAUGGUGGUCAACCUUGUGUUUGGCCUAUAAAGUUGAAUCCUUGGUAUGGUUCACAGCAUUCAAGGUGUGUGAGUGGAGAAGAAACAUAUUGGCUACAAGCGGGGUGGCAGCCUGUAGGGUCCUCAGGCAUGAUGGAAGAUAGCCUUGGUUCCCCGGGAGACGAACUGAUCCACUCCCCUUCAGAUGAGGCGUCAACAUCAGGAGGCAAACGUGCAGAUUCUAAAAAAUGCGGUGUGUGUGGUGACCGGGCACUGGGUUACAACUUUAAUGCCAUUACUUGUGAGUCCUGUAAGGCAUUUUUCAGGAGGAAUGCCCUCAAGAAUAAGGACUUUCGGUGUCCCUUCCAAGAGAGCUGUAAAGUCGACCAGGUCACGAGGCGUUUCUGCCAGAAGUGUCGUCUACGGAAAUGCUUCGACAUCGGGAUGAAGAAAGAAUGGAUCAUGACCGACGAAGAAAAACAAAGAAAGAAACAAAAAAUUGAGGAAAAUCGCGCGAGGAAAAUGGGUGACGCGAUGUCGGAUGAGGAGGGUGUAAAGUCAUCCAAUCCUUUCAGUCCGUUUACGCCCGUCAGCGGAACGGAAUCGACCAAACCACAGGCGGUUGUUAUGGGCGUGAUGCGAGGGGAAGAUGACGGCUCAUCAAAGGUGAUGCGCGUCGAGGGACAGACAGACGUACACUCGCAGGAGAGAGUGGUCAUACAGUCAACGGGUCUGGCAGUCGAGAGAUUACCGGUCAUAUCCAGUUAUACGAUGGAGAAUUCGAAUUACUCGAGCGAUUACACGAGUUCCCCACAGUCGGAGCAACACAUGACACCUGCGUCCCAGUGUGGGCUCGAUCACCUCACUGGCGGCUCCUUACCGCACGCACCAUUAGAGUUCGAUAGAUUCCAGAAUGACGGGCCUCUGCGAACGUUUCCUCCCGGCCUGACCCUCAUUAACCCAGCGACGACAAUAUCUUACGGUGAAACAAAGGCGGGUCUAGCUAAGAGUGACCAGGACGGGGCCGACCAGCGGGACCCCAGAGAAACUAGUCCGCAUGGGGUUGAUGCUCACGCUCAAGAGGACGAAUCUUCACCCACGGCAUACCUUACCCAGGGGAGCUUAGCGCAGGUCAUGGCUUUUAACAUCAAGAAGGAGGUGGAAUACCCUGAUGACGUCCAAGACAGCCCGCAACAACAAGAACAAGAACAUUCGAUUGAACAGCAGCAAGAACGGGAUUCGUGGGCAAAUUUUAACAUACAAGACACUCUGACAUUUCUUCAGCCUGGAUGCAAGACUGAUAGAAACUCAACGGGACUUAACAUGAUGGAUACAAUUAUGAACACAGCCAUUAGUGCCGAGUACAGCGCCUUCAGUCUCCUAGGCAGCAGCAACCCUCAGGAACUGAACGAACCCGAGAAACUGAAACUUAGCGAACUUUCGGAGGCCAAUAAGGGUCUGAUGGCUCCCUUAUGUGAGGACUACAAUUUUAAGGACCUCAGCAAUCCAUCGCUCAUCAAUAUCAUCAACUUGACGGAAAUAGCCAUCAGACGACUCAUCAAAAUGUCAAAGAGAGUAUCAGCCUUUAAGAGCUUAUGUCAAGAGGACCAGAUUGCUCUACUGAAGGGCGGCUGUACAGAGUUGAUGAUCCUCAGGUCUGUCUGUGCCUAUGAUCCGGACAAGGACUCAUGGAAGGUAAAUCAACAAGACCAAGACCGCUUCAAGAACAUCAAACUAAAGGUCUUAAAAGCCGCUCCAGGGAACGUCGAGGAACACAAACGCUUUAUAUUGGCCUUUAACCCAGAGUGGCGUAAUGACCAUAAUAUUAUCUUCCUGCUGUCGGCCAUCACACUCUUCAACCCCGAACGUCCAAACAUCAUCCACUCUGACGCCAUCAAGCACGAACAGUGUUCGUAUCUCUACUUACUGAAGAGGUAUCUGGAGUGUAAGUAUGGAGGUUGUGAAGGAAGGACAGUCUAUCAUCGCCUGCUGGAGAGGAUUACCCACUUGCACAUCCUCAGUGAAAACCACAUUCGGGUCUUCUUGGAGGUUAACCCGCAAGAGGUCGAGCCCCUUCUCAUCGAGAUAUUUGACCUGAAACAGAGGUGACAGUUCGUAGGAUCGGAUAAGGGUUUUGACAGUCAUAUGAUGGGUUAAAGACAGUUUUGACAGUCAUACUAUGGGAUAAAAGAACGUUUUGACAGUCACACCAUGGGAUAAAAGAACGUUUUGACAGUCACACCAUGGGAUAAAAGAACGUUUUGACAGUCACACCAUGGGAUAAAAGAACGUUUUGACAGUCACACCAUGGGAUAAAAGAACGUUUUGACAGUCACACCAUGGAAUAAAAGAACGUUUUGACAGUCACACCAUGGGAUAAAAGAACGUUUUGACAGUCACACCAUGGGAUAAAAGAACGUUUUGACAGUCACACCAUGGGAUAAAAGAACAUUUUGACAGUCACACCAUGGGAUAAAAGAACGUUUUGACAGUCACACCAUGGGAUAGGAGACAGGAAUAUUAGGUCAAGGCAGAGCCCCCCCCCCCCAAUGCAACGUAUAACACAAAAGGCGAUGUUUGUAUACUUCCUGCGGCUGUGUGACGCAGCGACAGAUUUCUACACUUAGAUCUUGUCCGACCUUGUAACUCAGAUGGAAUUUUUCUUAUUGUUAUACACAGAAUUCCAAUUGAUAUAAGAAAACAUAAUUUUUUUCAUCAUUUAAGCAUCAUCAGUGUUAAAGUUCUCUGAUGAUGAUGAUGAUAAUAAUAAUAAUAUUUAUUCACUAUGUACGGUACACUCACUUGCAUUAACACCUGGUACAGUGAUUGGUGUGUUUUGUUAGAUGUGGCACCAUUGUGUUUGUUUAUCUAUCACCCUUAGUCUGGCUACUAUUGUGAGUUUCCUUAGGGGCCAUUCUUUAAGACCAUGUAAACAAACACAGCCUUGCCACAUGUCACAAAACACACCAGUAACUGUACUAGGUGUAAACGGAGGCAUCUGUACAUACCACUUAGGGAUAAAUGAUAGGUAUUUUCUCAUUCUAAAGCUCAAAGAAAUGCCACAUAUUUUUAUCCAUGUGUUGUGAACUGCAGUGAGCUACAGGCAGUCAUAAAAAAAUUUCUACUGGUUGGCGAUUUAUUUUCAAUAAGAAUGAGGUAGUGUGUGUGUGUGUGUGUGUGUGUGUGUG